AUGCGGUUUCGCAGCCAUAGCAAGGUGGAUGCAGAGGUGAUGCGAGUUGGGGAGUUAGGGUCUGGGGAUAAAUUUGUGCAACUAUUUUUCAUGACAAACCUUAUGAAAUUUUAUAUUCUCGGAACUAACACUGACAAAACAUUAUGGAGAUUACUCAAGAUUGAUAGACUGGAGCCAUCAGAGCUCAACAUAGAUGAGGAUUCUACCAUGUACUCACACAGUGAAUAUCUUGAUCUACGAAAAACUCUAGAUGAAGACCAUAGGUCAACUGGUGGACUCAAUUUUGUUACAAAUUGUUGUGGAAUCAUUGGUUUCAUUAAGUUCCUUGGGCCUUAUUACAUGUUAAUUAUCACCGAGCAGAGAAAAAUUGGUGCUAUAUUUGGCCAUGCAGUUUACCAAGUUACCAAGACUGCGAUGAUCCAGUUAUCUAAUUCCAAAAUGAAGCAAACGCUUCUAAAUUCCAACGAUGAGAACAGGUACAAGAAGCUCUUGCAGACAAUAGAUCUUAGGAAAGACUUCUUUUUCAGCCACUCGUACCAUAUCAUGAGAAGUCUCCAGAAGAAUUUUAAUGAUCCACAGGCAGGAUGGGACCUAUAUGACACAAUGUUUGUAUGGAAUGAAUUUCUAACACGAGGGGUUCGUAACAUUCUGCAAAGUACCUGCUGGACUGUUGCGUUAGUCUAUGGUUUCUUUAAACAGGAUAAAAUGAAAAUAUCUGGGAAGGACAUUAUGUUGACUCUCAUUGCUAGACGAUCGAGGCAUUAUGCUGGAACCAGGUAUUUAAGGAGAGGUGUGAAUGAGGAGGGCAGAGUAGCAAAUGAUGUCGAGACUGAGCAACUUGUUUUUGAUGACACACUUGGACCUAGGCAAAUAAGCUCUGUUGUGCAGAACAGGGGUUCUAUUCCUCUAUUCUGGUCCCAAGAGACAUCAAAGCUUAUUAUUAAGCCUGAUAUCAUAUUGCAUGAGAAGGGCAAUAAUUAUGAAGCAACCAGGCUUCAUUUUGAAAAUCUUAGGAGGAGAUAUGGAGAUCCCAUCAUCAUCUUAAACUUGAUUAAGGUGUAUUUACACUUAUACAUAUUCCACACCGCUCUGCUACUGUUCACUCAAUGUUUAGUGCAAUGUCGAACGAUUGGAAUACCCAUAGGCCCACCAACACGCGAGAGGAAACCGCGGGAAUCCACACUUCGUCAAGAAUUUGACAAAGCAAUAAAGAUUAUAAAUAAUGGUCUACCAGUCGAAAAUCAUUUGAGGUUUUUACAUUGGGAUCUUAAUAAAAGCACUCGAAGGAAUGGUUGUGGUUUUCGUGGAUGUGAUGACAAAAAUGACGGUGGCAACACAGACUGUAUCGAUAAUAAUGGUGACAUAUCCCAAGAAGAUACAUGUGGUAGUUCUGAUACCUCCACUAGUGGAAUUGCAGAAGAUGUAGCCACUAACAAUGGAUCGACAACAGUAAAGCCCCCCAAAUUACAAAAGGGUGUAUUGCGCACGAACUGUAUAGAUUGUUUAGACCGCACAAAUGUUGCUCAGUAUGCCUAUGGUUUAGCUUCUCUUGGACACCAGUUGCAUGCACUUGGUUCUGUAGAAUCUCCAGAGCUUGAUUUAGACUCCCCCUUGGCCCACCAUUUGAUGCACUUUUAUGAGCGGAUGGGUGACACACUUGCUUUGCAGUAUGGUGGUUCGGCUGCACACAACAAGAUAUUCUCUGCAAAGAGAGGGCACCUUAAGUUUGCUAUUCAGUCUCAAGAAUUCUUCAGGACACUACAGCGAUACUACAGUAAUGCCUAUAUGGAUGCUUACAAACAGGCAGCAAUAAAUUUAUUCUUGGGUUACCACCGACCGCAGCAGGAAAAAUUUGCACCUUGGGAGUCAGAGUCUGUUUCUGGGGAGAAUGUCCUUGAUGACAAAACAAGGUUCGCUAGAUUUGAUGUCCUGAAACAGAGUGAGUUGUCUAUUGUUGAAAACAGUACAACCUGUCAACUUAUAAAAAGGUCAAGAUCAGAUGGCAGCAUUCUUCGUAAAAGCAACACUUCUCUGUCCAGCAAUGGUCCAAAUGGAAUUUCGACACCAGGAUUUAGUGAUUUCGAAAAUGAGCUACAACCUCCUAACUGCCGGUCUGGUUCGGUGCAUGAUGCGGUGUCAAAAUUAAGGUAUACUCCAACAGUGCCUCAUAUUAAGUAUACCAGUUGCGAGCUUGACUAUGGCAACUUUUCUGGGGAUUCAAAUUUCCUUGAUCUUGACUGGCUUUCAGCUUCAGACAAUGGAAGUUUGAGCAGAUCAAGAGCCGUAAGUACUCCUAACGUGAAUGAUAAUGGUGAACGUGGUGUAACCCCUGGGAUAACGUUGCACAUUACUAAGCUGAAAUUGAAGUAUCAGAGUAUGAAUUUAGCAAAAUCUUGUUGCUUGAUGUUACACUUUGCUUGUAGGCGCAUGAGGAGAGCUGCCAAAUUCAUUGAUCUCCCAGAAAGCAACAUGUCUGUAGAUGAGGUGCAGAUGGGUCCUUCAUCCUUGCAAGCUUCAGUUCGCCACGCCCAUGCCAUGUUGCCGGACACUGCUUGA